AUGGCGACAGAAAACGGAGCAGUGGAGCUGGGAAUCCAGAGCCCAUCAACAGAUGAGGCACCUAAAGGUACAGCAGGUGAAGGACCUCUGGCUGCAGAGAAAGCGUCUGGUCCACCAGAUCCAAAGAAAGAGCCUGAUCCACGCACCCUGAAGAAAGACGACAAAGCUGACGCCCUAAAGGAAGAGGAUGGUGCCCUGGCCCAACCCUCCACCGGCAGCGAGGGCCCCAAGGGAGAAGGCGACCUGGGUGGGGGCCCUGCGGAGGGUAGUGCUGGGCAGCCAGCAGCCCUGCCCCAGCAGACCGCGACAGCCGAGGCCAGCGUCAAGAAGCCCGAUGCCAAGCAGGAGGCCUCGGGCAGCCAGGGCCCCGGAGAGCCCAAGGUUCACAAGAAGGCAGCGGAGGGCCAAGCAGCGGUCAGGAGGGGCUCGCCCGCCUUUCUGCACAGCCCCAGCUGCCCUGCCAUUAUCUCUAGGCCUGAGAGUCUGCCAGCUGAGAAACCUCUGAGUGAGGCAUCGGAGCUCAUCUUUGAAGGGGUGCCUGUGACCCCCAGCCCUACGGAUCCCGGGCCAGCCAAGGCAGCAGAAGGAGGGAAGAACAUCCUGGCAGACAGCCAGAAGGAAGCAGGAGAGAAGGCUGCAGGCCAGGCUGGCCAGGCCAAGGUGCAAGGGGACACCUCGAGGGGGAUCGAGUUCCAGGCUGUUCCCUCGGAGAAAUCGGAGGUGGGGCAGGCCCUCUGUCUCACAGCCAGGGAGGAGGACUGCUUCCAGAUUUUGGAUGAUUGUCCGCCACCCCCAGCCCCCUUUCCCCACCGCAUCGUGGAGCUGAGGCCCGGGAACGUCAGCUGUCAAUUCAGCAUGAACUCCAAGGAGGCGCUGGGCGGUGGUAAGUUUGGAGCAGUCUGUACGUGCACAGAGAAAGCCACAGGCCUCAAGUUGGCAGCCAAAGUCAUCAAGAAACAGACACCCAAAGACAAGGAAAUGGUGAAGCUUGAGAUCGAGGUGAUGAACCAGCUGAACCACCGCAACCUGAUCCAGCUCUACGCGGCCAUCGAGACCUCGCACGAGAUAGUCCUGUUCAUGGAGUACAUCGAGGGCGGCGAGCUCUUCGAGAGGAUUGUGGAUGAGGACUAUCAGCUGACUGAGGUGGACACCAUGGUGUUUGUCAGGCAGAUCUGCGACGGGAUCCUCUUCAUGCACAAGAUGCGGGUUCUGCACCUGGACCUCAAGCCAGAGAACAUCCUGUGCGUCAACACCACGGGCCAUUUGGUGAAGAUCAUUGACUUUGGCCUGGCACGGAGGUAUAAUCCCAAUGAGAAGCUGAAGGUGAAUUUUGGGACCCCAGAGUUUCUGUCACCUGAGGUGGUGAAUUAUGACCAAAUCUCCGAUAAGACAGACAUGUGGAGUAUGGGGGUCAUCACCUAUAUGCUGCUGAGCGGCCUCUCGCCCUUCCUGGGAGACGAUGACACAGAGACCCUGAACAACGUCCUCUGCGCCGACUGGAGCUUUGACGGCGAAACCUUUGAGGCUGUGUCCGACGAGGCCAAAGACUUCGUCUCCAGCCUCCUUGUCAAGGACCAGACGGCCCGGAUGAGCGCUGCCCAGUGUCUUGCCCACCCCUGGCUCAACAACCUGGCAGAGAAAGCCAAGCGCUGUAACCGACGCCUUAAGUCCCAGAUCUUGCUUAAGAAAUACCUCAUGAAGAGGCGCUGGAAGAAAAACUUCAUUGCUGUCAGUGCUGCAAACCGCUUCAAGAAGAUCAGCAGCUCGGGGGCACUCAUGGCUCUGGGGGUCUGA